GUCAUAUCCUCCAUCUACUCCUCUCCACGCCGCAUCCAUGAGCACCAGCACGCCGCACACGCACUCGCACGACCCGCCGCCCAUCCACGGUACCCCGCCGGGCGAGGACGAGCCGUACAUCACGUACGGGCAGUUCCAGAGCGUCCUCAAGCUCAUGCGGCUGCAGAAUGCCGUCCCAAUAUCGGUGCUCGUGUCCCUCGGCACGGGGCUCAUCUGCGCGCUUGUGAUCCACCCGGGCAUGGGCGAGAUCAGCCUGCUCCACCCGACGCUGCUGAUCCCCAACAACCUUCUGGUCGGCAUCUACUGGGCGAUUCUGUACGCCUUGCAGGUCGGAUUCGCCCUCCUCCUCAGCCUGGCACGUAGCAGCGAGACCAAGGAACUCCUCGUCCAUGGCGUCGGGAUGCGCUUCGCCGCGGCCAACUGGCUCAACACGGCGACCUUUGUGUGCUGGACGCUGCAGAUGUUCAGAACCGCCGAGGCGAUCGUGUUCAUCAACGUGCUGCUCCUCCUGUCGAUCCACAUCACGCUGAUCCAGUUCCCGCCGACGUGGAGACACCCGCUCAACGCGCUGCUCGUGCACGGCAUGACGUCGCUGUUCCUCGCCAUCCUCCUCGACCUCCACCUGCUGCACGGCGGCAGUGUCGCCCUCGACUGGGUCAUCGAGCACCGCAAGCAGCUGGGCAAGUAUACCUGGCAGAGCGUGGGCGCGUUGAUCGGCGUGCAUGUGGUGCAGGUCGCGUGGGAGGUCUACUCGCAUUCAUACUCGCUGGCCGUCGGCGCAACCUACUCGCUCUUCUGUCUCCUCUUCUCGACACCGCGCACCAACCCCGGCCUCCCCGAGACGGCGAUGAGCAAGCCCGCGCCCCUGGUGAUCACGACCAUCAUCUUCAUCGUGCUGCACCCGCUGGCGAUCAUCGCGUCCGCCGUGCUCCACCGCCAGCUGGAGCGCCAGGGCCAGAUCCGCCUCGUGGAGGAGGCCGAGUCGGCAGAGGAGCGUGUGCGGCGCGCCGAGCAGCGCGCUGCUGAUCUCGAGGCCGAGCAUGCCGGCCACGACCACGAACAUGCCGCUGCCGCCGCCGCCCCUGCUGCUGCCGCUGGUGCUCCGGCUCGCGACCCGCCCACUGGCGACCUCAUCGACGUGUAACGUACAACGUAGAACGCACGCUACAACACACGUAGAAUGCUACAACACUAUGCACCUAACACCAAGUGUAUCUACUG